GAGAGAGAGAGAGAGAGAGAGAGAGAGAGAGAGAGAGAGAGAGAUGGCAGUGGCGGUGGCUCGAGCGGGAUCGCAGCUCGCGAUUAGUUGGCGGGAUUGGGAGUCGAAGCAGGGAGUGUGUGCGUUGGGUAAGAGCUGUGGAUACGUGGGCGAAAGGGAUGAGCAGAGGAAGAGGAGGAAAGGGGGAGGGAAGUCCGGUGGGCAUCGUGGUAAGAUAGAGAGGGCAGCAGAAGGGGAUUGCUGUGAAGGUGAGCGCGGAGCCUCGGUGUUGAUGAUGGAUAUUGUUGGCCGACUAAGGUGCGACGGGUUUCUGCUGGGUACGUCGGAGCUGUCGUUUUUAUACUCUUCAUCGGUGUUUUGGGAAGGACGAUUCUCUCCUUUGGGAAGGGGGGGGACCUUGUUGCUUGGCGGGAGGGAAGACGUUUGGACGGGAAAGAAGAAAAUGAAGAAAGAGGCGAAGCAGUGGAAGGCGGAAAAUAAUUUCGUGGGAACGGCGACUGUGAGUCAAGCCUCGAUCAGUGCUCGAGACGUGUCGAGUCCUCGGCUCCUGAGCAGUUGGAGAAGGAGACGAACCAGUGCUCUGCCAGGAGUUAUGACCCCAAUGUCAGGAUUCGCUUGGUCAAGAACGAAGAAACACCAUAAAGUUUGUUUGGCAGCAUCGAAGAGCGAUGGCGGGAGCACGGGCGACCCAGCCCCGGAUGAAGAGGAGGAUGACGAGCAGGAAGAAGAUGUCGUUGAGCCCACUCCCCCUCAGCCGUCGACUAUAGAGUCCUUGCCCUCGUCGUCGUCGUCGCGAUCUUCCAAAAAUGAUAAAGAAGAAGAGGACGUUCCUUCGCUAGCCGAAGUGGACUGGCGGUCUUAUCGUGCUCAACUCGUCUUGCGCGAGCAAGAAGAGGAGUUGCUGUCCUCCUCCUCCUCGGAGGACGAUGAUCACAAUCGCAGUGGUCAAUCUCCCUCUCCUUCUUCCUCUCCCUCGUCUUAUCGUGCUCAACUCGUCUUGCGCGAGCAAGAAGAGGAGUUGCUGUCCUCCUCCUCCUCGGAGGACGAUGAUCACAAUCGCAGUGGUCAAUCUCCCUCUCCUUCUUCCUCUCCCUCGUCUGGUACAUCGAGGCGCAGCGGCGGCAAUCCCGAAAGCAGCAGCGCUCACGGGGCGGUCCCAGCCAUCAGCUCGGCGCGCAUGACAAAGCGGUGGGCGCACGCCCUUCUCGAACCCGAGCCCGGCUGCGUGUUAAUUGCCUCGGAGGAGUUGGACGGCUACCCUAUUUUUCAGCGAUCCGUCGUUCUUCUGUUGGGAUGCGGCGCUAACGAUGGCCCUUUCGGCGUGGUCUUGAAUCUGCCGAAAGCCAUGCGGAUGCGACAAGUGGAAGGGCUCCAUAGCUCCAUUGCGCAGACCUUCGGUUCCGCUGUGGUCCACGUAGGAGGGCCGAUCGAUUCCCGCCAUUUUCUCGUUCUCCAUGGGCACGAGGGCGUCAAAGGGUUCGAUGAGGUGAUGAAGGGGGUGUACUGUGGCAGUACGGCGGGCAUGGAGCAUGCCACAUCCUUGGUUCAUAGAAAGGAGGCUUCACCGGACACGUUCAGGUUCUACUUCGGCUAUGCAGGCUGGGGAAGCGCGCAGCUGAAGGAGGAGAUUGCGUCGGGAUGGUGGUACGUGGCAGCUUGUAGUGCAGACCUCAUCACUGGGCGGUCGGUCAAACAGACGCCCUCGUCAGCGAGGAAAGGUGGCCCGCCGGUUCCGAAUCCUGAUCUAUGGGAGGAGUUGCUCGAGCUCAUGGGGGGUAAGUAUGCCGAAAUUAGUAGGCGUGCCCGACAGAAGGGGAAGGGAGGGAACCCUUGAUUGUCCUGCUUCGUAGACAUGGUGUUUGUUAGCAUUAUUACACUCCGGGCCUGAAUUGGUAGCAUUGAUAGCACGCUGAGGCUGAUGCGUCGUCCUUGACUUGUUUGCGAAACAUAUGAUGGGUUAAGAUGGGAUGGGAUGUGGGAUGUCCAUCCUUCUUCUCUAGCCUGUGCCCCUUCCCCUUCCCCCUUCGUUCCCCGCCCAGCGCCUGCCCGUCGUGCCCUGUACAGACGGAGAUCGCCGAAAGUGCGGUGUACUGUUCCAUUUCUUUGAGCGAUGAGCGCGAGGACACGGAUGUGAGGCCUCUUGCUUAUUCCUUGGCGGGAGCUGAGGAUUCUCUCUCUUCCUCUCUUUCUUCUCUUUCGCCUUUUUCUCCUCUUUUUCUCCCAUUCUCCUUUUCUCUGUUUUAACCGUCUUUCUCAUUGUUUUCUGGGACAGCGAUGUAUGUCAAAUCUCCUCUUCAAGGCCUUGCUAAUUCCUUGGCGGUAGCUGGGGGUUCUCUGUCUCUGUCUCUGUCUCUCUCUCCCGUUCCUUUUCUCUGUUUUAACYGUCUUUCUCAUUGUUUUGUGGGACAGCGAUGUAUCUCAAAUCUCCUCUUCAAGGCCUUGCUAAUUCCUUGGCGGUAGCUGGGGGUUCUCUGUCUCUGUCUCUCUCUCUCCCGUUCUUGUUCUCUUCGUGACAUGAAAAUCUCUACGCGGACUGUUUUGAUAAGUGAGAGCCUAAAGCGUAAGGUGAGCGUCGAAGGAGGAAUGCUGUGGCUGCUGCAGGAGUUAGAAUGAACAGAGGAUGGACGGUGGCGAUGACUUGAACCUACCUGCCACAAUGGUAGUCCUCUCGGUUCAUAUGUCGGCUAAGGUGAAUCUCUCCAUAUUUAGUCCACUCGGCCCAUGUCUCGCUAAUUGACUUCAGAACGGAGUGUAUGUUAAGGGUUUGCCUUCAUCCGAGUUCGCCUUUAAUCGAGUGGGGGGUUGGUCGAGGGUGAUUUUUCCAGAAGCUGGUGAGAUGAGGCAUAUGUCUUCCGAUGUGAUUCGCACGCCGUAGGAUCAGAAGAGGAAUGCGCUGCAGGUGAAGAAUCUAUGUGAGCGUUUCGCAAGUUAAAGAUAUGGAAGAUACUGCCUGAUCCUCGGAGGAGGAAAAUAGGGAAAGCUCGAGGUGGAGGAGGAGGAGGAGACGGUAUUUCGUUCCUUGGGAAGAAAGGAGGGCGUUUCUCUAUGGUAACGCUGCGACCAGCUGAGGUGCAGAACGGGGUUCUGGCGGGCGUUGGCCUUCUCCUCGGCUGAGCUGGCAUUGUCCUCGUAGAUGGUGGGGCCGUCGUACUGUCAGCCUUAACGUGGGAGAGUUGAUAUUCUUGCUGGCAAGGAGCGCUGGUUGAUGAGAGGCUGGGUAUUCUGGAGAGGGAAGAGGCACGCGAUGCUGUAGAUGGAGAAAAAGAGUAUGUUUACGGAAACAGGGUAAUAAUUGCUGUGAAGCUUGUUGAGAGAGCCCGCAGGUGUGCUCUCGCUGCUUCAUGCUAACGUCUUCCCCCGAAUAGAACGCUUGAACAUUAUCCCCGUAUCGAGGCUGAAGCGACAUACAACUAUAACAUCUGGGCGUUCUAUUCAGAGGAAGACGAGGUGAGUUAAGAAGGUGGCAACGACUUAGGACAGACUCAAACUUUGACUUUCUUGACUGCUUCUGGUCGUAAUUCCCCCUAAGAUGCAUGCAGGGAAGUCCCUAGUAUGAGUAUGCCGGAAUCCCCGUUCUUUUGUACCCUGUUUCAUGUUGUUUCUACGGGGGUUUGGUAAUCGUGGGCAGUGAAAACUCUGGACACAUGAGUAUGUUUGGCCAAAAUGCUGUGUUUGACACACCCUGCGUCAUGCUUUGACACGUGGAAGUGCUAUACGCCGCUGGCAGGGUUGGUCCUAUAUUGUGUCACGUGGAGAUGCGGCUCUGUGUUUGGAGAUGCGGCUCUGUGUUUCUGACACGCGGAAGUGCUAUAUUCAGCUGGCAGGGUCGGUCCUGUAUUGUGUCAGUGGAGGUGCGGCUCUGUGUUUUUCAUCCGCCUGCUUGCCAGAGUGGUAUGUCAUGCUGUUCUCGUUUGGCCACAUCGUGUUGUAUCAUGCUGUCCUCAGUUGGCCACUGUGCGUUAUGUUGUAAUGUGCUUUGCACACAUGGCUGAUGCUGUGAUGUGCAGCGAAUUAGGCAAUGCCCGGCUGUGUCGCACUGCGCCGUGCCAUGAAAUGCAGUGAAUACUUCGUUUGUGCCAAACUCAUCUCUGCUACUGUCGUACUUGAAGGUGGUGCGGUGUGGAUGAUACGUUCAGACUUGACAACGCUCAUUCAACGUCAGUUUCAUCUUUCAGUUCAAGUGUCAUCAACGGUAAAGGGGAUUAGACUGCAUUUCCUUGCCAAUGCGCAAGUCAUGAAAUUGCAUUUGUAAGGGGAUUAGACGACACCUCGCCAAGGCAGCAAGCCACAACAUUGCAGUUGUAUGGUGGUGCGCUAGUCUAGAUGAUGAAGGGAGAAGGGCCGGUGCAUAUGGAUGGUCUUGCAAGAAUGGCAGAGGCUGGUGUGAAUCCAAGUUAGCGGUCUCCAGGCUUCCUUUUUUGUGCUGCCUUUCUGACUGGCUGCCUGCGGUGCAUGGGAUAAAGAUGGUGGUGCUUUGAGGUUUUCCCUGCUUUUUGCUGUGUUUAUGACUGGCCGCCUGCAGUGGGUCCACAGACGUGACCAGAUUGGAGAAGCCGUGUUGCCGUGUACAAGCCUGUAUGUUUGAGGUAUCGAUACGGUUGUGGUAAAGUUGUGACUUUGAUGAGGGGUCUCGUGUAUGAUGGCGAAACAGAUGAUUGAAGCCUUUUUUUUGGGGGGGGGUGGAUGUACAUUAAUGAAUAGUCUGAAACGAUGCUGGUUUUCGAGUCUUAGCUCGAGUGUGCGGAGACGGAACCCUCUCUGGAAGGAAGGAGGGGAUAGGCUGUAAGAACAAUGCUUCCCGUUGGGCUGUUUGGCCGUUCGCAUAGGGUUGUGUAGUUGCGGUGUUUAUGGUGGAGUGGAUGGUUCUGCAGAUGAGGAAUUGUUGGAUUUGGGUAGAGGAGGUAAGUGGGAGGGAGUUGGUUUAGCGUAGGGUGAAAAGUUGUGGACAGAGAUGUGAGUGAGGUAAGGGGAAGGAAGUGGACUGUGGAGUGGGAAGUUACAUUGGGUCUGAUUACUUGGGGGUAUUCUUUGGGAUGGGUGUCGGAAGGGAAACGUAGGGCAUGGAACGUGCGCAGAGCAGAGAUGUUCGUAUGAAAAUUGACGGUGGUGUCAUUUGGACCUGCAAACUUCCCCCAGUGGAGUGCAAGUUCUUGGCAAAAGAAUGGGCCUGUUGAGGCAGGACCUGACCUGUGCGUUGUCUAUGUGCUGAUUAAGCAGUGGCGGUAGCUUGUGUUAGCGUAAGGUGUGAAAGACUUCUCGAAGGAUAGGCAAGGGUCCUUAGUUGUCUAUUUCUGGCAGAGAGCUGCACGGAGUCCCAGGUCAGGCUCAUGUUUGCAGGCAUGCUGCUGCUGGUGUCAGCUUGGCCAGCUAGGCGAGGAUAUGGUUUUCCGUCCAUGGAGUAGACCAUCUGCUCAUCUCUGCCAUGUGCCUUUGUGCAUGUGCUACGUGCGGGCUUGUUGGCAUGCAUGAGGUGUAUGUGCAGUCUAUAUGCAUGAGCUAUGUGUACUGGAGUCUAUCCGCAUAAGCUAUAUACACAUGAGCUAUAUGUGGACUCGAGUGUAUAUGCACGAGCUAUGUACACAUGAGCUAUAUGUGGAAUGGAGUCUAUAUGCAUGCGCUAUAUGUGGACUUGAGUUUAUGAGCUACAUGUGGACUUGUCUAUACGCAUGAGCUAUAUGUGGGGACUUGAGUUUGUAUAGCUACAUGUGGACUUGUCUAUACACAUGAGCUAUAUGUGGGCUUGAGUCUAUAUGGAUGAGCUAUAUGUGUACUCAUGUGUUGAUGUGCAUGAGCUAUAUGUGGACUGAUCUGUUGAUGUGCGUGUGCUAUGUGUGAACUCGUGAAGCUUUCCUGCCGAGUAUCGGACUGAUCAACACGAUGCAAAGAUAGGUGCAGCCACAUUGUUGGGAAAACGGAGUGCCCUCUGGUCUCUUGGGGAUGCACACCACAAGGCAUAUGGGGUUUCUCCUGUCAACUUAACAAUGUGUUGGGAAAACAGAGUGACCUCUGGUCUCCUGGGGAUGCAGACCACAAGGCUCAUUGGGUUUCUCCUGUCGACAACCUGCAUAAAGAGGCUGGUGGGCUGUUUCUUGCUGACUUCUCGGAGAAGGGGGAUUUUCACAGGAGAACAGCUGGCAGCUUGAAGUCGGUUGAGGCCGAGGAUGAAUGAACUUGGGAUCACCCUAAUGUGCGACAGGUGCUGAUCAAUCCUGGAUCCACUUUGUGCUGAGAGCUGACGUGGCAGGUAUGGGUCAGUUAAGGAUGUCAGAAGCCUGCAGGUCCAUGCCAGUGCCAUCAUGCUGAUGGCGAACACCAUGGUAAUGGAGGGAGAGCAUUAUUGGUAUUCCGCUCACCUGCAGUUGUUCCAAGGUCCAUCGCACACGUGGAUGUAAUGGUUAUGUUUAGCACAACUUUCUGAUUCUUGGUUGCUGACGUCUGUGUCUGGAUGCAUGUGUCGAGUGGAGUAUGCAUUUGCAGAGAGGACUUGCACCCGGGCACGGACGAUUGUUUGCAUCUUGGGGGACUUUCAGUCGACAGCGCAGCGAUAUGUUUGGGUAAACCAGGGUGCACGGAUGUGGAUAAGGCUAUAUGCGAAUGUGAAUAAGUUUACAUGGGUGCGGGCGUGGGCGGGGGCGUUGCAACAAACAACGUUGAAUGUACAUGAAACCGAUUGGGUGUUCCAUUGUGCUGCAGCAAUGCGAGCACCCAGGUGUCAGUAACAGCUAGAGAGUGUUCUUUCAUGUGUGUGUUCUUCAGUGUGCGGUGUAUAGGUGCAGUGUGCCUCUGUGUGAGCGGUAGUGAAGUGCCAUAGAAGUUUAUGUUUUCUGUAUGAUGGAUGGUGGAUGGUGGGAACAUAAUGCAUGGAGCUUGUGUGGUCCCUUUUCAUUUUCAACUAACUCGGUCCAUAAUCAGCGAGUGUGGUAAAAUUUGUCUGAAGUCACCCCCCAAGACCAUAACUUUGCCACCAAAAGGUAAGGUGGAGGAACAAAUGUCUUGAAACGUU